GGUCCACCGAGCCUCGCGAAAGGUCCGCUGAGCGGGCUCGCAACCGGAGCCACUCCGGGUGCAGAGUUCCCGGCGGAACCCACGCCUGGCAUAGGUGUGGGACCCCAUCUUUCCUGUCUUCGCAGAGGAGUCCUCGCGUGUUAAUUUGGUGCCCAUUUUUACCUGUACGGGUCAGAGAGCAACAGGACGGAUUGCCAAGAAACAAAAAGCUUUUGAAAACAAAAAGAAGAAAGAGUGGAAGAGGAGGCCAGGAUCCAGGCCUCCAUCCUCACGGGAGUGAAGCUACAUCUGGGAGGUUUCCUCCCACCCCAACUUUCACCCUGGGGCCCGACUGCCCACCUCCUCCUCCUCCUCCUCCCCCUAACGACCCCUCCUCCUCUUCACACAGCUGCGAAAGGGGUGAGUACAUCCCCAACCUGGCUGAACGCCAGCGGGAGGAUCUCUCCGAAGAGAUCAACAACCUUAGAGAGAAGGUCAUGAGGCAGUCCGAGGAGAACAACAACCUGCAGAACCAGGUGCAGAAGCUCACGGAGGAGAACUCGAACCUCCGUGAGCAGGUGCAAGUGGAGCCUGCCCCCCAGGAUGAGGAAGAUGAGCUGGAGCUCCGCGGUGCUGCAGCGGCUGCUGCCCCACCCCCUCCCAUUGAGGAAGAGUGCCCAGAAGACCUUCCCGAGAAGUUUGAUGGCAACCCAGACAUGCUGGUUCCUUUCAUGUCCCAGUGUCAGCUUUUCAUGGAAAAGAGCACCAGAGAUUUCUCAGUUGACCGCGUCCGCGUCUGCUUCGUGACCAGCAUGAUGACUGGCCGUGCUGCUCGCUGGGCCUCCGCAAAACUGGAGCGAGCCCAUUACCUGAUGCACAACUACCCAGCCUUCAUGACCGAGAUGAAGCACGUCUUUGAAGACCCCCAGAGGCGGGAGGCGGCCAAACGCAAGAUCAGACGUCUGCGCCAGGGCAUGGGGUCCGUGGUCGACUACUCCAAUGCUUUCCAGAUGAUUGCCCAGGACCUGGAUUGGAAUGAGCCCGCGCUGAUUGACCAGUACCACGAGGGCCUCAGCGACCACAUCCAGGCUGAGCUCACAUGCCUCGAAGUCGCCAAGUCGCUGUCGGCCCUGAUCGGCCAGUGCAUCCACAUCGAGAGAAGGCUGGCCAGGGCGGCCGCAGCCCGCAAGCCUCGCUCCCCACCGCGCGCGCUGGUGUUGCCGCACGUCUCCAGCCAGGUGGAUCCCACCGAGCCCGUGGGAGGUGCGCGCAUGCGCCUGACCCAGGAAGAAAAGGAAAGACGCAGAAAGCUGAACCUGUGCCUCUACUGUGGGAAUGGAGGUCACUACGCCGACAACUGUCCUGCCAAGGCCUCGAAGGCGUCGCGCGGGAAACUCCCCGGCCCCGCUGUAGAGGGACCUUCAGCGACCGGGCCAGAAAUAAUAAGGUCCCCACCAGAUGAUGCUUCAUCUCACUUGCAAGUGAUGCUCCAGAUUCAUCUUCCGGGCAGACACACCCUGUUCGUCCGAGCCAUGAUCGAUUCUGGUGCUUCUGGCAACUUCAUUGAUCACGAGUACGUUGCCCAGAAUGCAAUUCCUCUAAGAAUCAAGGACUGGCCAAUACUUGUGGAAGCGAUCGAUGGACGUCCCAUAGCAUCGGGCCCAGUUGUCCACGAAACCCAUGAUCUGGUAGUCGACUUGGGAGAUCACCGUGAAGUGCUGUCAUUCGACGUGACUCAGUCUCCAUUCUUCCCCGUCGUCCUGGGGGUGCGCUGGCUGAGCACACAUGAUCCCAACAUCACCUGGAGCACGCGCUCCAUCGUCUUUGAUUCUGAGUACUGCCGAUACCACUGCCGGAUGUAUUCUCCAAUACCACCGAUUCUGCCACCACCAGCACAGCCGUCCUUUUACUACCCAGUAGACGGAUACAGAGUUUACCACCCAGUGAGGUAUUACUAUGUCCAGAAUGUGUACACUCCAGUGGAUGACAGCGUCUACCCAGAUCACCGCCUGGUGGACCCCACCAUAGAAAUGAUUCCUGGAGCACACAGUAUUCCCAGCGGACACGUGUAUUCACUGUCCGAACCUGAAAUGGCAGCUCUGCGCGAUUUCGUGGCCAGAAAUGUGAAAGAUGGGCUGAUAACUCCAACAAUCGCACCCAACGGAGCCCAAAUACUCCAGGUGAAAAGAGGGUGGAAGCUGCAAGUUUCUUACGACUGCCGAGCCCCCAACAGUUUCACCAUCCAGAAUCAGUAUCCUCGGCUCUCUAUUCCCAAUCUGGAUGACCAAGCUCACCUGGCAACAUACACUGAAUACAUACCUCAGAUUCCAGCGUACCCCACUUACGGCACAUACCCGACCUACCCAGUCGGAUUCGCCUGGUACCCAGUGGGAAGAGAUGGACAUGGACGCUCGCUCUAUGUCCCUGUGAUGAUCACUUGGAAUCCGCAUUGGUACCGCCAGCCUCCGGUACCCCAAUAUCCGCCACCGCAGCCUCCGCCCCCGCCGCCGCCCCCACCGCCGCCGCCAUCCUACAGCACCCUGUGAAUUCUGUCAUGUCUUUCAGGAUCUCUGCCCUCAAAAUGUGUAUCUGGUCAGCUUCUCAAUCAGUGACUGUGUGCUAAAUUGGUCUACUGUGUCUUCAGGCCCACCCGAGGUGCAGUCCUCUCUGAAACGGCUCCAGAAGGUCGGGGCCACCCUGGACUGGCACACAUCCUAAAAGCACCAAAAGAUCCCUACCAUUUUCUGGGAGUAACAGAAUAUUGGCCAACAAAUUAUCUGUUUUCCACCUUCACUGCCAAUUCUAACUAAAAUUCGUAAUAAGUUUACUUGUAACCCAGUAAAUCUUGGAAACCCGAAUCAGUAUUUACAGAGAAGCUGAUGCAAACACAGGAAGUGCUGUUUUCUUUGUGGAGGGGGAGACCAAGAGGGGGAGGACAUGACUUUCUUUGCAGUUUCGGGACUCUCUUUACAUCAUUGGAGGACCGAUGCCUUAUUAAGGAAGCCACAAUUCUUGGUGCAGUGUAAAACGGCUUCCGUGAUCUUUUUGCUGCACCCUCAGAGACUUCACCAUCUUCAAACUUCUCUCUCAUGGUUCUGUUGAUUCUCAAGGAGCAGCAACUUGACCAGUUCUCCCAGGAGCAGGCAAAAUCCCUGCAACAGAAACACCUCAGGCUUGAGAAGGAAGCGCCCUUUCAGACUGACCUUUGCAUGUUGAGUGUGCCUUCACAUCCUGGUGCAAAUCACGUGUACCCAAGAACUCUGGCUUUGUCACAACACGUUACCAUCGUCAUGCCAGCAGUGACUUCCACAAAAUGUUAAACCUGGUAACCAGAAACUGUUGGUGGCUCCAAGCGUGUUAGAUGUUUGUGAAAUGUGACCACCUAUCAAUCAUGUCUGAGGGCUAAUGAGUAGCAAAAUCAAUCACUGGAAAUCAUGGGAGCAUCUGUCCACAUCUAUGUUUCCUUAUGCAUCUGGGCAUUUCAUCAUCAGUUCCCUCACUAAAAUGUAGCAUCAGGAUGCCUAGAGAGGGGAAAUGAUUUUAGCACCCACACCCACACUCUUAUGCCUGGGAGGGAUGUCUUUGAAGAGAAAUUGGGGCACUGGAUACUGUCUUGAGGAUAUAAGCUUCUUUAGUGAGCUUCAAAUCCAGCUGCCAGUGAAUGAAAUGCCUCAGAAAGGAACUCAAAUGACUCAAAGCAGCAGACAACACCAGCGUUGUCUUCAGUCCAGUGACAUCACCUGGUGUCUUCUGGAUGCUUUGUGCCAACCUGGGACUGCCUGACUUCUUUUAGCCUGGUCCCUUGCUACUACCUUGAAUUGUUUGUCUAACUUCUCUUUCUGUUUAAUUCUUUACUACUGCCAUUAACCCUGCUGCAGGAUUUGUGUCAUCCUUCCUGCCUGGUUGCUGAGACUCCAUUUUGCUGCCACGCACGGAGAAGAAAGAAGCAGGCUUUGAGGAGCGUGUGUUUCAGCACACAGUUGCCAGUUGCCAAAACACAGUUUAAGCAGUAGAAAACAAGAUGGUAUAUGCUUCAAAUUGCCUAUCAGGAAGAGGAGUCUAAUAGUGAAGUUUCAUUUUUCGUCAACAUCAUCUUUCACAUAUUCAUUAGCAUCCUUAUUAUUGCAUGUUUAAAUACUUAAAUGUUUUAGCUGUAGAUUAGUGGUGUCCUUUAACAGUGUUUUUAAGUGGUGACUGCUCAAAUAUUAUUUCCAUUGAAUUACAAAGUACUAUUCAAUUCUUACUGUGUUAGAGUUAAGCUAAUUAAAAUAGAUAAGUAAUGUAGUGUAAAAUACUUCCUUACUGUGAACUUCUCUUACAAACACUGUGAAUGAGAGGCUCCUCGGAACUGGAGUUUUGUAUAAUAGUUCAUCCUGUUCAUCUUCAAUCUUCUAUUUUAACAUCAUAUAUAAUUUCAAUUUUAUCAAUUAGGCCUUUAAAAAUCACA